AUCAAACAGAUGCACAAGAUUGCUUGGAAGCGGCCAGCCACGCACGGUCCACUCCACUGCCUCACACUCAGAAGGAAUGGCAUGUCUUAUGGCAGCCUUCUCAGUCAACAACACCUCUGUGACCAACUCUAUCAUAAUGAAUACCAACGGGCCCCCUGAUCUCAUGCUGGACCCAAGAACAGUGUGUGUGUCCAUUGACGAUGUAGUGGCCAAUCACACUGGCAGCCCGCAGACGCCUCUUUUACAUGGACACCUGAAAAAAGUGGAGAACAACCUGACUGAGGCCCAGCGCUUCUCCUACUUGCCCCGCAGACCAGCGGUCAAUAUCGAAUUCAGAGACCUCUCCUACUCUGUUCCUGAGGGACCAUGGUGGAGAAAGAAAGGUUACAAGACACUGCUGAAAGGAAUCUCCGGGAACUUUACCAGUGGAGGACUGGUGGCCAUCAUGGGGCCCUCAGGAGCCGGGAAAUCUACGCUUAUGAAUAUUCUAGCAGGAUAUAGGGAAACAGGAAUGAAAGGAGAAAUAUUAAUAAACGGCCAGCCCCGAGAUCUACGCUCCUUCAGGAAAGUGUCUUGCUAUAUUAUGCAAGAUGACAUGCUUCUGCCUCACCUCACAGUGCAGGAGGCCAUGAUGGUGUCGGCUAAUCUCAAACUCCAGGAAAAGGAGGAGGGCAGGAGAGAGAUGGUCAGGGAGAUCUUGACUGCACUUGGUUUAUUGGAGUGUGCUAAAACACGCACAUCUAACCUCUCUGGCGGCCAGAGGAAACGCUUGGCCAUUGCCUUGGAACUUGUCAACAACCCACCCGUCAUGUUUUUUGAUGAGCCUACAAGUGGACUGGACAGUUCGUCCUGUUUCCAGGUGGUCUCACUGAUGAAAGCUCUUGCACAAGGUGGUCGGACAGUCAUCUGCACCAUCCACCAACCCAGCGCCAAAGUCUUUGAGCUCUUUGACAAACUCUAUGUUCUGAGCCAAGGUCAGUGCAUCUACCGGGGAAAAGUAUCCAACCUCAUCCCUUACCUGAGGGAACAUGGACUCAACUGCCCUACGUAUCACAACCCUGCUGACUUCAUAAUGGAGGUGGCUUCUGGAGAAUAUGGUGACCACAUGGCUCGGCUGGUGAAGGCUGUUCAGGAAAGGAAGUGUGAGAAAGAUUACAAGAGUGAGAUGAAUACAGAUGGAGCCCUGAACCCUUUUCUGUGGCAUAGACCAUCUGAGGAGGAUUCCUCUUCUACUGAGGGCUGCCACAGCUUCUCUGCCAGCUGUCUGACGCAGUUCUGCAUCCUCUUCAAGAGAACCUUCCUCAGCAUCAUGAGGGACUCGGUGUUGACCCACCUGCGUAUCACCUCUCAUAUUGGCAUCGGGAUCCUGAUAGGACUUCUGUACCUUGGCAUCGGCAACGAGGCCAAGAAAGUCCUCAGCAACUCUGGUUUCCUUUUCUUCUCUAUGCUCUUCCUCAUGUUUGCUGCUCUAAUGCCCACUGUGCUCACCUUUCCUCUUGAAAUGGGUGUCUUUUUGAGAGAACAUUUGAAUUACUGGUAUAGUCUGAAGGCGUACUAUCUGGCAAAGACCAUGGCUGAUGUCCCAUUCCAGAUAGUAUUUCCCAGUGGCCUACUGCAGCAUCGUUUACUGGAUGACCUCUCAACCAUCAGACGCUGUUCGUUUCAUUCUCUUUCUGGCCUUGGGGACUCUGACCUCUCUGGUGGCACAGUCUCUGGGCCUGUUGAUUGGAGCAGCAUCUACAUCUUUGCAGGUGGCCACUUUUGUAGGUCCAGUGACGGCAAUUCCUGUUCUGCUUUUUUCUGGCUUUUUUGUCAGCUUUGACACCAUCCCAAAGUACCUCCAGUGGAUAUCAUACAUUUCAUAUGUCAGGUACGGCUUUGAAGGAGUUAUCUUGUCCAUCUACGGGCUGGACCGUGAGGACCUGCACUGUGACAAAGAUGAAACAUGUCACUUCCAAAAGUCAGAGGCCAUCCUGAAAGAGCUGGAUGUUGA